CUGGCCAAAUGCAAGGAUUCUCGCCCACUGCCUCCCCUCUAGCCACCCAAGAACACGGAUGAGGGGCCCAGAAACCUGCAUGCAUUCUGAUGCUCAAAAAUCUUCUGGAACGAGCACCACUUCAAGGCCAUGGCCCUGGUGGAGCAGGUCCUGCAGAUUGUGUAUAUAGCACCAGUGCCCCUGGCAUGGCCUUGACUGCCCUGCGAUGGACCACUCGCAAGCUGCAGGGCAUGCAUAGGGACGUGGUCAUCCUGGAUGGAGCAACUGGAGAAACUGGCAGCAGCAAAGGGCCCCUGGACUCGGCUGUCACAGAGGCCGCUGACCAAGCCUGGCACCUGAACAUCCCACUACCUCCUCCAGGUCUGGCUAGACCUGGCUCAGGUGCGGAGGGCACCACCUGCCACCCUUCAUUCUCUCCCCCUGGCCAGUUUUGGCCUUAAAUGGUUGUAGGCUGCUUUCCCCUCUCAGCCCGGUUUGCAGAUCCUCCUCUACACUCGUGCAGUCUUCCCAGUCAUCCUCACGAGGCGA